AUGAAAAUUAAAUUGGCUUUACCGUCAGAUAUAGAAAAUCCAAAACAAGAACUUGAAGCCCACCAAAUACAAGCAGAUUCAGCUUAUGCAAUAAAAAAGAAAGACAAGGAGGAAUGUACAGAUGCGAAAAGGGGUCCACUGCAAUUAAGGAAGGUCGAUUCAUCUGGAGAAAAGUUUAUAUGGCAUGAUGUGAAAUGGUUCCAGUACAGUGGUGAAAAUGAAUCAGGCACAAUACAAUUUAAAACAAGCAUAGACUCGCCUGAAUUCGAAAAUAUUUCUUUUAGUAGAAGAGGCAAAGCAAACGAACCGUAA